AUGGACACAAGGGGCAAGGAGUCAAGCACUCCUGCAAGCACUCACCCGGGCGAGGUUGGUCAUGGGUCCCUCCCAGCUGCACCAUGCAGAUCUGCCCUGGCCUCCUCGCCACCUCCUCAUACAUCCACUCCCACGCCCUCCGCUCCUCCCCUUUCCCUUCCCCGCCCUGAGCGCUUGCCUGCUUCCCCUGUCCCCCCUACUUCCAUCUCCGCCACUACCAGCAGCACUAUGAGUGGCAGCUUAGGGCGUUUGACUGUUGAACAGACAACAAGAGGAAGAAUAGGGAGACACGAUGGGCGGGCAGGUGGAGGAGAGGAGGUGAGGGAAGAGGAAGAAGGGAACGUGGACGGUGGUGGUGGUGGUGGUGGUGGUGGUGGUGGUGGUGGUGGUGGUGGUGGUGGUGGUGGUGGUGGUGGUGGUGGUGGUGGUGGUGGUGGUGGUGGUGGUGGUGGUGGUGGUGGUGGUGGUGGUGUGCUCUAA